AUGUCUACAACAGCCACUCAAACCACCACCAUCACCUCCUCCUCCUCCUCCUCCUACCCCGCCCCUCUCGUGGUGGCCGACGACGACGCCGCCAACGAUAAGGCCUUCCAGUCCGUGGCGCGGGGAAACCGCAGCGGCACCCUCAAGCUACGGGGCAUCCCGACCUUCACCGAUGCAGUGGCCAAGCGUCAGUGGAUGAAGGAGCACAUGGCGGCCGCCUUCCGCUUCUUCGGGAAGAGGGGGUACGGAGAGGGUAUUUCGGGGCAUAUUUCGAUGAGAGACCCCAUGCUGAAAGACCACUUCUGGAUGAACCCCUUCGCCAAGCACUUCUCCUCCAUCAAGGCCUCGGAUCUCGUCCUCGUCGAUGCAGACGGUUACGUGACCGAGGGCGGUGCCCAGAUGCCCAUCAACGAGGCCGGCUUCAUGAUCCACUCUGAGAUUCACAAGGCCCGGCCCGAUGUCAUCGCCGCGGCGCAUACGCAUUCCAUUCAUGGGAAGACGUGGAGUUCGUUUGGGAAGCCGAUUGAGAUGCUUACUCAGGACGCGUGCAACCUCUACGGCAAGGUGGGUCUGUACGAGGACCACGGCGGUAUUGCUCUUGCGCAGGAGGAGGGCGAGCAGAUUGCUCGUGCUCUUGGGGAGGAUAACAUUGCUUGUAUUCUGCAGAACCAUGGUCUCCUGACUGUAGGCCGCACCGUCGAUGAGGCGGCUUUCCUUUUCUUCAGUCUGGACCAGGCCUGCCACACGCAGUUGCUGGCUGAGGCUGCCGCUGCCAACGGUAUCCCCAAGAGGAUCAUCACUCAUGAAGUGGCGCAGUAUACCGCUGAUGUGGCUCAGAACCACCAUAACUUCUACACCGAAUUCCAGCCCGAGUAUGAGCUGAUUGUGGAGGAGACUAAUGGAAGGGUUUUGGAGUAGUCUUGCUAUCAAUUCCAAUCCUACAAAGCCAAAUCAAUCCCUCCAACAAAAGUGAUUAUAUUCCUACGGGAUCUCUCUCCAACCCAACACAUCCAUCCUUAGCCUGGCUUCAUGCGAAUUUACUAUUGUUAUAGUUGCACAUCUACUCUGGAUUAUCCACUAUACUAUAUAUAAAGUCUUCCAUUUAUC